UCUGGGCUGAGCUGGGUUGCAUAAUCCAGUGGGAUGUGGUGGGGGUGGGAAUAACUUCCCCUUUGCAGGCAUAAAACCCUCUGGUACAAGGUGAAGCAGGCACUGCAGUUCUGGGGAGCACCAGGGUUUUAGCUGCUUGCUCUUGGCCUGGACCUGUCCUGCCUGGGGUGUGCAGUGCUUUUGGCAUCCCACAGUCAUUGACGCCGGUAGCUGCUUCCUCUUCCUGAGGCUUUGGCCUUGGUGGGGAUGCUGGGGACAGCUAGAUUCCAGCCACUGGGGCUCCUCUAUGGGCUGGGACUGCCAGUGGGGCUGGCAGCAGACAUGGGGCAGAGUGAAUCGGAGCCCCAGGAGGAGAAGGAGGACACGGCCCUGACAGCCAUGCUGCCCAGCAUCAGGUACCUUGUGGAGGACCAGUUGCAGACCAGCAUGGUGCUGGGGGUCAUGAUUGGGGUCAGCCUGUCUGUGUUGCUUAUCGCCACCUUGUUCCUUGUACUGGUUCGCCGGCUGCGCCUCAAGAAGGUUCCAGCUCAGGAGACACCCAAGUACCGAUUCCGUAAACGGGACAAGAUGCUCUUCUAUGGGCGCAAGAUAAUGCGCAAGGUGUCCCAGUCCACCUCGUCCCUCGUGGAUACAACUAUCUCUAGCACGUCCCGGCCCCGCAUGAAGAAGAAGCUGAAGAUGCUGAACAUUGCCAAGAAAUUCCUGCGCAUCAAGAAAGAGCUGCCUACACUGCAGCUGAAGGAGCCUCCACCCUCAGUGCUGGAGGCUGACCUGACUGAGUUUGAUGUGGCCAACUCCCACCUGCCCUCUGAGGUGCUCUACAUGCUGAAGAAUGUCCGGGUGCUGGGCCACUUUGAGAAGCCGCUGUUUCUGGAGUUGUGCAAGCACAUGGUCUUCCAGCAGUUCCAGCAGGGCGAGUUCGUCUUCCGGCCUGGCCAGCCCGACAGCAGCAUCUACGUGGUGCAGGAUGGCAAGCUGGAGGUCUUCCUCACUGAGCCAGAUGGGAAGGAGACCAUCAUGAAGGAGGUGUUCCCAGGUGACAGCGUGCACAGCCUGCUCAGCAUCCUUGACGUCAUCACGGGGCACCAGCGACCAUACCGGACGGUGUCUGCGCGAGCGGCUGAGGAUGCCACAGUGCUGCGGCUGCCAGUUGAGGCCUUCUCAGCUGUCUUUGAGAAGUACCCAGAGAGCCUGGUGCGCGUUGUACAGAUCAUCAUGGUGCGUCUGCAGCGAGUCACCUUCCUGGCCCUGCACAACUACCUGGGGCUGACGAACGAGCUCUUCAGUCACGACAUGCAACCACUGCGGCUCUUUACCCAGCCCAGCCACACCACGCGCACUAGCCCCAUCCGGCACAGCAAGCGCGUGGCCAGCACCACUUCCGUUGACGACUCCAAGGAGAGUGCUGGGCGCCAGUCUGACCCUGCUGGCAAAGACUUGGCUGAUCCGCUGAAGGUGGUGGCCCUGGACGCCUCCACGCCACCGCUGCUGAGCCGCUGCAUCUCAAUGCCUGUUGACAUCUCAGGCAUCCAGCGGGGUCCCCGCUCGGACUUUGACAUGGCCUAUGAGCGCGGCAGGAUUUCGGUGUCACUGCAGGAGGACAGCACUGGCACUCUGGCCACCUUCUCCCGUUCCAUGUCCCAUGAGCCCAAGGAGCGUAAGUCGGUGACGGUGGAGGAGCAGCCAUCUGGUGUCUACCAUUACAACUACUGCGAGGAUGACUCAGUGGGUGGUGACUGCCCCUUCGGGCCCUACCAGGGCAGACAGACCAGCGCCAUCUUUGAGGCUGCCAAGCGGGAGCUUGUCAAGCUCAUGAAGAUAGAGGACCCAUCUCUCCUCAACAACCGGGUGCUGCUGCAUCACGCCAAGGCUGGCACGAUCAUUGCCCGCCAGGGGGACCAGGAUGUGAGCCUGCACUUCGUGCUGUGGGGCUGCUUGCAUGUGUACCAGCGCAUGAUCGACAAGGCUGAGGACGUGUGCCUCUUCCUGACGCAGCCUGGCGAGAUGGUGGGGCAGCUGGCUGUGCUCACCGGCGAGCCUCUCAUUUUCACCAUCAAGGCCAACCGUGACUGCACCUUCCUUAAGAUCUCCAAGUCUGACUUCUAUGAGAUCAUGAGGGAGCAGCCCAGCGUGGUGCUGAGCGUGGCUCACACAGUGGCUGCACGUAUGUCGCCCUUCGUGCGCCAGAUGGACUUUGCCAUUGACUGGAUGGCCGUGGAGGCCGGGCGGGCACUAUACAGGCAGAGCGACAAGUCGGACUGCACCUACAUUGUGUUGAACGGGCGCCUGCGCUCCGUCAUCCAGAAGGGCACUGGCAAGAAGGAGCUGGUGGGCGAGUACGGCCGUGGGGACCUCAUUGGCGUGGUGGAAGCUCUGACGCGGCAGCCCCGGGCCACCACUGUCCAUGCUGUGAGAGACACAGAGCUGGCCAAGCUGCCUGAGGGGACCCUAAAUAACAUCAAGCGCCGAUACCCCCAGGUUGUGACCCGUCUGAUCCACCUGCUCAGCCAGAAGAUCCUUGGGAGCCUGCAGCAGCUGCGCGGGCCUUUCCCAGGCUCCGGCCUGGGUGUCACCUCUAGCUCUGAGCUGACCAACCCAGCCAGCAACCUGUCAACAGUGGCAGUGCUGCCCGUGUGUGACGAUGUGCCUAUGGCAGCCUUCACUCUGGAGCUCAAGCACGCCCUCAACGCCAUCGGUCCCACCCUGCUCCUCACCAGUGACAUUAUCCGGGCACGGCUUGGCUUGUCGGCGCUGGACAGCAUCCAGGAAUACCGGCUGUCGGGCUGGCUGGCGCAGCAGGAGGACAUCCACCGCAUAGUAUUAUACCAGACUGACUGCACCCUUACGCCCUGGACCUUGCGCUGCAUCCGCCAGGCUGACUGCAUCCUCAUCGUGGGGCUGGGUGACCAGGAGCCCACGCUGGGUGAGCUGGAGCAGAUGCUGGAGAACACAGCCGUACGCGCCUUGAAGCAGCUUGUCCUGCUGCACCGGGAGGAUGGGCCCAGCCCCUCUCGCACCGUAGAGUGGCUCAACAUGCGCAGCUGGUGCUCAGGUCACCUCCACAUCAAGUGCCCACGUCGUGUCUUCUCCCGUCGCAGCCCGAGCAAGUUGCGGGAGAUGUACGAGAAGGUCUUUGAGAAAAAUGCUGACCGCCACAGCGACUUCUCCCGCCUGGCACGGGUUCUGACGGGCAACACCAUCGCCUUGGUGCUGGGAGGAGGUGGAGCCAGGGGCUGCUCCCACAUUGGGGUGAUCAAGGCCAUGGAGGAGGCAGGGAUCCCCAUCGACCUGAUCGGGGGUACCUCGAUCGGCUCUUUCAUUGGGGCCCUGUAUGCUGAGGAGCGCAGUGCCGUCCGCACCAAGCAGCGUGCCCGCGAGUGGGCUAAGAGCAUGAACUCGGUGUUUGAGACCGUGCUGGAUCUCACCUACCCCAUCACCUCCAUGUUCUCCGGCUCCGCCUUCAACACCAGCAUCCACAAGGUCUUCCAUGACAAGCAGAUUGAGGAUUUAUGGCUUCCCUACUUCAAUGUGACGACCGACAUCACUGCCUCGGCCAUGCGGGUCCACACAGACGCAGGCAGUGUGUGGCGCUACGUCCGAGCCAGUGCGUCUUACACCCCCUACUUGCCUCCGCUCUGCGACCCCAAGGACAGCCACAUGCUUGUGGACGGCUGCUAUGUUAACAAUGUCCCAGGCUCGCUGUGGCGGUACGUGCGAGCUAGCAUGACCCUUUCUGGGUACCUACCGCCACUCUGCGACCCCAAGGACGGCAACUUGCUGAUGGAUGGCGGCUACAUCAACAACCUGCCAGCGGACAUUGCCCGGAACAUGGGUGCCAAGACAGUGAUAGCUAUCGAUGUGGGCAGCCAGGAUGAGACGGACCUGUGCAACUAUGGGGACAGCCUGUCCGGCUGGUGGCUGCUCUGGACCCGCCUCAACCCCUGGGCUGAGAAGGUCAAGGUGCCAGACAUGGCAGAGAUCCAGUCGCGCUUGGCCUAUGUGUCCUGCGUGCGGCAGCUGGAGGUGGUGAAGUCUAGCUCGUACUGUGAGUACAUCCGCCCUCCCAUUGACCGUUUCAAGACCAUGGACUUCGGCAAGUUUGAUGAGAUCUAUGAGGUGGGCUACCAGCAUGGCAAAGUGGUGUUCAGCGGCUGGAGCCGCGGUGACAUCAUCGAGAAGAUGGUGAAGGACCGGCGCUCAGCUGACUUUUAUGAGAGCAAGCGCAUGGAUGUGCUGACAUGUCCCAGUGCAGGGUUCACAGACCUGGCAGAGAUUGUCUCUCGCAUCGAGCCUGCCAAGACCUACCUGUCUGAUGGUUACGCUGAUGGUGAGGAGUCCGACUACCUGACGGAGUAUGAGGAGGAGGGGCUGGAGGUGGGGCGGGGUGAGGAAGAGCCCUCCACGCCAUCCGAGUGGGCCCCCAACCGAGUGUCUGAGAACGACGAGGACAAGAGCCUGCGGCGCCGCCCAUGCGCCUCCCAGGAGCCCUCCGUGUUCUUGGCAUGAGCCAGGCCUGACACAGGAUUGAUGCCGGAGCCUGCCCUGCUCCUGCCACCUGCACCUACCUCUGCAGCCCCGCCCAGCACUGCCCAGUGCCAGGCCCAGGGUAGUAUGUGGGAGGCUCAGGAGCUGCCCUCUUCCUCCAUGGGGCAGCUUCCAGAAUGGUGGCUGCCCCCUAGUGCCAUGGGUCUGGCUUGGCACUGCCCUGGGGCAAACGGUACCUGCUGGGCCCAGCACUGCCUGUGAUAGUAUUGGAGCUAGGUUGGGCCCCUGGUUGGCCUUUGCCUACCCUCUUCCCCAGAAACACUUUGCACUGAGCCCAGGGGUUGGGGUAACUGCAGCACUGGACUCUGUACCCUGGUCCCCCCACUACUGCCUGCACUGAAGGAGGGAAGGGGCCAGGUCCUGUGCUCUGCAUCCUGCUGUGGCAGGGCCAGGGCCAGGCACUACUUUAAAGCCAUCAGUGGUUUUCCCAGAGCUGCUCUUCCCGUUUCCCCAGGAGCUGGAGCCUUUCUGUAUGGCAGAACCAGGUUUUGCUCCUCUGUGCCGGAGGCACCCUUAUCUCCUGUCACCAGCCCUUGCAGCUGUGGGGGCACCAGCUGAACUGGAAAGAGGGGAACCCCUCCCUCACUGCUCUGAGCUCACUGUGUGCCAGGGGCCCCUGUGUCCACCCAGGGCUUUCCAUCUACCCCUAUGGAGCCUGCAUUGGCUGUGGGAUGAAGCGCCUGUGCCCCGGCCCAGCCACCGGCUGCUCUCCUGCAGAGUUAUCUCUAUUUUUGUUAAGUUAUUGCUGUGCCUGGGAGCCCCCAUGAGGAGGCAGGGGUUGCAGCCAGGCAUGGGGACCUUGCUGUAUUUUUUUUAUUAUUAUUUAAAAUUAAAGCUGCUUUUGGCUGGGGGGUGGGAGCAGGGUAGGGUUGGCUCUGCUGGAAUAAAAGCUUUGACUCCCCAGGGCAUGUGUCCAGGCCUUGCUCUCAGGGGGCUCGGGAUUAUAGGGGGAUGGGGUUGAGUGGGGGCAGGGGCCUAGGACCUUCCCACCCCAAGUGGUGGCUCUACCAAUGGCAAGGGUCAGGGAGAGUGGGCCCAGCUCACCUGCAUGGCACUGUGGGGUUUGUGCCCCAGGGUGAGGCCUGCACACCAGAGGCAGGGGGGUUUGCUGCUGGCACGUGCCCUUGUGCUUUGGCUUCCCCAGUCUCUAGGGCUCUGGCCAGGGCUGGGGACUGCCUCCUCCCCCUCCCCUCGCCUCCCCCAUAUGGCUGCAGAUGUCUGGUCCCAUGGGGGCUGCUCUGCCUGCCCUUGCCAACCAUGGGCAUGAGUGCCCAGCCUCUGCUGGCUUGGGCCUCCAGCAGGUCUCUAGCUACAGGUUUGUCCAGGCCACAAGGAUGUCAGAGUGUUUUUAUGCCUCCCUCAGGCACUGGGUGUUGGCUGCAGCCCAGGCUGGGGAUGGUGGCUAGGCUGUGCCAGUGAGCCUGCUGGGACCAAUCUGGAGGUUCCCCUUCCUGACCCCAUAUUUGGGGUCGGGAAGGAAUUUUCCCCCUGCUCAGAUCUGUAUGGACUCUGGGGGGAGGAGGUUGCCUUCCUCUGUAGCAGGGACACAGCCUCUCCUUGGGGUUUCUUGUCCCUAUAUUAACAACCUUUUACAGCAGCACCUUUUUUGGCCGCCAUGGCCCCUGCUUUCUCUGUGGCAGGUUUGGGUGUGAUGUCCAGUGCUGCGUCAGGGCUGACUCUGUAGUUUUGCUAAUAGCUUAGAUGAUGGAUUUGUGGGCUGGCUUGGUCAGGGCUGAUCCUGCCCCAGGCAGGGGCUUGGAUUAGAUGUGACCUCUGGAGGCCCCUUCCCAGCUAGCAGAACAUGGGGCAGGAACACUUGUCCUUCACAGGGGGUAGCAAAGGCCUGUUUCCAGUUGUAAGUAGCACCCUCCCUUGGGACUAUGACCAUUCUCCUGCCCUGGGUGAGCAGUAUUGCCAACCCCACCGUGUCAAAAAUCAUGAGACAAACUUAAAAACCAAGAGAUUUGGAAUGUAAAUCAUGAAAUGCUAUUUUUGAAGUGCAUGUGCACAGUUCCCAGGGCAAAAGGAGCAGAGCUCCAGCCCACAGUAGGCAGCCCACCACUGCCCUGCACACAAAUUCAGGGGACAUGUGCCCCCAUGCCUCCCCUGGCCCCAGGGCUCCAUUCACCUCAGACCCUGCGACCCUCCCUCCCUCACCAUGGAACCUCAGUCUGCACCCCCCAGCCCCUUCUCUUCCACAGACUUAUCAGCUUGGUGCUCUCUACAUGCACCAGAAGAAAAAAAUCCCAGGAUUUGAUCUAUCAGGAGAUCACGAGUCGGAGUUCAUAGAUGUAGAUCAUGAGUCGGAGUUAAUUUAACUCGGAAAUCAGGUCUUGUGAUCUUUUCAGGAGAAUUGGCAUUACUGGGUAACUGCAGGGCUGCUCCUGCCCCACUCACUGGAUCCUGCAGCCUGCCUGCAGCUGUGCUGCCUGGGGAGAGGCACAGGGAGGGCAGUCCCACUUAUGGAUCCACACGAGAGCCCAGUAUUGUCACUAGCACUGAGGUGAUUCAUACUGACCCUAGAGAAUGGGAACAUCUCCCCGCCCCUGCUUCCUGGCCACCCUCCAGCACAGAGGAGCCUGGGCUCCUCCAGUAGGUAGGAGGGUCCAGGUUGUGCCUGCAGCAUAGAUGACUCGGGGCCUGGGAGGAAUUUGAGACAUUUAUUCUUGCUCUGUAACAAGCCCUGGUAGAAAAUUAAUUUAAAACCCAGUUCCCUGCACCCCCCCUCCCCACACACUUUCAGUGACCCCAUUCCCCACCAAGCAGAAUUGUGGCACCCCAAGGUCACCUGGCACUGGUAGGACCCCUGCGCCCUGAGCUGGGGCCCCAGGACAGGCCACCUCCCCUGCACAGCAGCUGGGGGUGUCACCCAGACAGAGGCCUGUGCCCAGAGUAAAGAACUCCCCUACCUUGU